AUGUUGUCUACAUUAAAUUUACAAACACCACAUCCUGAUCCUGUUGUUUUAACUUAUACUCAAAAUCAAAAACAAAGAAUUGCUGAAUCUGUAGCUAAAAUUGAAGUAAUUUUAAAACAAAAAGAUAAUGAAUUAAGAAAUCAAAAAAAACUCUAUGAUGAUUUAUUAAAGACUUUAAAUGAUAUUGGUCCUAUUGUUGAAAAAGUUGUUAAAGAAGCAUUACAAAACUUGAAUAUUGAUAAUGAUUUAAAAGAAAUUAAUGAUGCACUUAAAAAAAUUGAUAAUGAAGAUUUGAAAAAACUUAUUAAUGAUAAAACAGAAGAAAUUAAAGCAAAAUUAGAUGAUUUUCAAGUACCACCUCUUAUUGAAGCUGAUGAUAUUGCUACUUCAAUGAAACAUCUUGCCAAUUAA